CUUUUCGCAUGAUGAAGUUAGUUUUUUCACGAGGGUUGUGGGCAUUGUAACCGUCCAAACUUAAUGUCAGAUUUUUUAACAAAAUAUGUUCCCGUGUGCUGAUGAAAAAUUACUGAGCAUUAGAUUCAAGAAAUCCGAUCUAAACCGCAUUGGGAAUCUUUGGAAAGUGCUAAAUCAACUGUUCGUAUUCAGGUAUUUUCUCAAACGGCGGAAUCGAUGUUUGUUUCACAGAAAGAAUGGACGAAGACGCCGAUUGAUGUCCGUUUGUAAACUCGGUGCCCUGCAAAUGCAAGCUAGGGUCAAAGGCAAAUGGCCAUGCUACUACAUAUUAAUAGAAAAAAUGCCUGCCAGUUUGAAAUUUAUUGUUUAUGUGGUUUUAAUAAAUAGGUUAAUAAGUAGAAGUAGCAAGCCUGCAGUAACAUGCACGGCGUAGAGUGCGAUGAUAGUGAAACUGAAGCACCGUCUAACUGUGUGGAUGCCUUCUACUCUACUAAGGAGUGAACAGGAAACACUAAUUACCAGAAAGGUUCAAUCUAUUAUACUUCCAUAGAAAGAAGAAUCCGGAUUUCCGAUUCCGUUUCGAAACCAUAUUCCUAAGCUGCUAAUGAGUUAUCCUUCUGAACUAAAGAAGACCGCCUGGGCAACUGCAUUUCACAACCGGAUAGGAAAAAAUCUGGGCGGCCAAUGUUAAUAGAAAAUGGGUUUUUGGGUUUUUUUCAAAAACACACCCUCGGCAAACCUAAUUGAAAGUUUAUUCAGGAUUAUUCACCGUGAACUGUUACCACCUAAUUAAAUCUCAACAACCGAAGUAUACUGUGUCAAGCUUCAGUGUUUCGCUAAAGUUGUAGACGAACGUCCAUCCCUUGUGAAU